GUAAACAAGUUGGACCUCUCUGUGCGAGCUAUUUUGCGGCUGCGAGUUGAUUCCUACAAGACCACGUGUUAGCGGUGAUCCCUGGUUCGAGCCCCACGUGCCGGUGUUCGAAGCCUGUCCACCAUAACCCAGCUGAGUGUCACGUAUGUUUAAGACCGUGAAGAUGGCCGAGAGCACCAGGGAGAAGGGUGUGGAGCCCCGGGCGAGGAUGGACGGCUUCAGCAGCACCCUCAGCGAGUACAGCACCACCCUGGCAGACAUGAACAAAGCCUUGGAGGAGCUGCAGAGCCGCAGGGUGGGGCUGCAAAGUGUGCUGGAGGGGAAGCAAAAGCAGACUGCCAAUCUAAGGGCACAGGUGGAUGCCCAGCGAGUGCGGGAGCGUGGCUGGAAGGAACAGGAGAAUGCAGCCCUCCUGCGGAUCAAACAGCUCAAUGAGGAACUUGAUGCAGCCAAGCAGGACCUAGAGAAGGUCAGGGGACGGGGUGAAGAGCUGCGGCAGCUGAGGCUGAAGAAGGUGAGUGAGUUUGAGGAAGAGAUGCGGGAACUCUACUCUGAAUUCCGGUGUCUUCAGCUGCUGGGGGAGGGUGAGAAAGGGAACAAGGAGGAAAAUGCAGAGCUACUGUCUCACCUGGAGAAGGAAGUGGCAGAGUUGGAAGAGGAACAUGCGGCACUUGUUGCUGAUGCCAGUACUAACGGAAGUCUUCCGCUGAACACCCUGCAAUCCAUCCUAAAUGAGGGUAGUGAAUACCUGAAGGAAAUUGAAAAGGAAGCCAAUCAGUUUAGGGAUAAGGAGGCAGCCCUGAAGCAGCAGCUGGAAGCCCUGCAACAAAAAGCAGAUGAAGCUGCUCCACAGCAAGACGUUCACAUGUCAGAACAGUGAGGUAUAAUUUCUAAAUCAGACCCCAGCGCACUUGUAUCAGACCCCAGCAUACUUGGAUCAGUAAUUGAUUAGAUUAUCAACUAAGCUGGUUAACAAACAUUAUGGAAUACAGUAAUGACUAUAUUUUCAUUUUGUUGUUUUAUCAUUUGUUGGGAGUUUGAUACUAAUAUUUCAUUAAACAGUAUAUACCUGUAUCCUUUAUUUUCACUGCACUGCAGGGCUAGCAUCCUAUAUGUUAACUGUGUUACUGUACAAAAUUAUAUGAAUAAACUGCUCAGCAACUCUCCAAUAGUAGACAAACAUCUGAUGACCCACAUUACUUAAUUGCUAUUGACUUUCCACUGUCAAAGCACUGUAAUUCCACACUGAACCAAACAACUUUACUGCCGUGGUUAGUGGUAUGCUGAGCACUACACAUUAGCCUCAACUUUUUCAACACAACAUAUGUACGUUUUUGCUCACCACUCUACACAGCAUAUUUUCGCAACCUCAACACCCAGAGGAUUAAUAUUUUUAAAGGAGUAUUAAUUGAUAAUGAGGCAGGUUUCAGAUUAUCAUUAUUUUCAUUGAAAUGAAAGUAUAUUUACUUUUGUAUACUUGCAUAAUAAAGAUUAAAACUUA